AUGACGAGGUACCUGGCAUGCCUGGAGAGCCUCCAGGCAACAGUUCCGCAGACGAAGCAACGAAUGGUGCAAGACACCGCACCUGAAAAGGGGACUUCAGCGAGAGUUAUUGUAGCGGCAGGCCUUUUCAACGCUUAUUUGAGCUCCCUUUUAUGUUUUCUAUAUUUUAUUCCAACAGAUAAGAACGUCCGUCUUGUUGACAAAUACGGCAAUGACCAAUCGUCUGAAGGAUUCGUUCUGGUCAAUAUAAAUGGAACUUGGGGAGGCAUUUGCGAAGAACCUAGCUGGGGUCUCGCUGAUGCUGAAGUUACGUGUUCAGAACUUGGGUUCAGCGGUGCAGUUUUUAAUGAUAACUACAUCUACAAAAAGGAUCCCGGUAUUCUUCUCUAUGAUGUGCGAUGUGUCGGGAAUGAGACUAGUUUGUUAGAUUGUCCGAAUAGUCGUGUCGAUCUAUUUGGAGUGUGUAAUAAAUAUUUGAAAGCCUCGGUAGUUUGUACGAAUUACACAAUUCGCCUGACGGACUCCCACUUUCUGGGCGAAGGAAGGGUAGAGUUGUUCUACCUCGGAUCUUGGAGGCUGGUUUGCAGUGACCAAUGGGAUCUAGACGAUGGACACGUAAUUUGCAGAGAACUUGGACUUGGUAGAGCCUUAGCCAUUGACGAAAGUUAUAUCUCUACAAGCGAGAGUGAAGAUUACAUUUUAAGUGACGUAAGGUGCAAUGGAAGUGAAUCCAGUUUAUUGGCGUGUCCUGGAUCUACUUUCAGCUUUGGCGAGUGUAACUCUACUCGAAGAGCGAGAGUACGGUGUUCCAGUGGAGUUCGUCUCAUGGAUGGCAGAAAUAGGAGUGAAGGAAGAAUAGAAGUGUUUUCGAAAUCAACAUGGGGCACUGUUUGUUACACAGACUGGACCCUUAAUGAUGGACAUGUCAUAUGCAAAAGUUUGGGUUACGCCGGCGCCCUGCAAGUUCCUACUGAUUUUUCCUUCGGGUUUGGCGAAAGCAAUGUAUACCUGUCAGAUACCCGUUGCACUGGUAAGGAAACCAAUAUACUGGACUGUCCGAAUGCAAGACUUGGACGAUCAGACUAUUGUUUUCUCCAUGGAGCUGAGGUUGUUUGCUCCUCUAAAGACGAAGAAAUCUAUCUAGCUGAUGGUAGAAGUUUCUUAGACGGUGUAGUCAUGUACUACUAUAAUGGUAAACAGCGGUCAGUUUGCGCGGAUUCGUGGGACAUGAACGACGGUAAUGUUGUCUGCAGAAGUCUUGAACAAGGACAUGCGAUCGAAAUUUCUUCUUGGGGUAUUCCUGAUGCCAGUCGGAUAGAUGUUACUCUUGAUUAUGUCAAUUGCUCUGGGAAUGAAUCCAGAUUCUUCGAUUGUCCUGGAGUGGGAAUAGCACACAAAGACAAAUGUAAUCAUUCUCAAGAUGCAAGGGUUGUUUGUUCAGGAGGAAAUAUCUGCAUUACCGCUUUAUGUACCUCUGGAAUGAAUUUGCAAGAAAGUGAGUGUCACUCUCUUAUGCAAAAGGCAAACGACCCGUCUUCAGGAAAAUGCUAUCAAUAUGAUUUGUCUGAAACUUCUUAUACAUCAGCGGCAUUGAAAUGUAUGACUUCAACAGAGCUGCAAUUAUUUAGUUCUAACCUUGGACAAAUACUGAAGUGCCAAGAGGAUGAAAGAGCAAUCUCUCGAACGGGACAGAAGAUCUCUUCAUUGGGAAAGCAAGUCUUCUCAGGAAUGGUGAGCCUGGAGCAACUAAUUCUACGCGCAAACGUCAUCGAGUAUAUUGAAGAUGGAACAUUUGAUGGUCUGCAGAAACUUGGAUUUUUGUCUAUUGGAAGAAACCUGAUCACUCGUGUUCAAAGUGGAACAUUUCAUGUCUUACCGUCACUGCGAUAUCUGUAUCUCGACUAUAACAAGGUAACAGCUUUAACAAACGAAAUAUACUUCGGUAGCUUAUAUGGAUUAUGGCUCAACAACAAUAAUCUCCGCGAACUGAAUAGUAGCAAUUUAAAGGGAUUAACUGAGCUUAAUGUACUAGACAUAGAUCAUAACCGCAUACACAAGAUAGGCAAUGGAUCAUUUGACGGCCUUCACAUUCAGCAAUUAAAAUUGCAACACAACCGACUUAUUACAAUCAGAGGAAUGCUCAAUGGAUUGCCUGAACUCCAAUUACUGAACCUCUCGUUUAACGACAUCAAAUACAUUGGCAAGGAAGACCUAAAAUACCAAAUAAACUUGAUUAUUCUUGAUUUUAGCAAUAACCCGAUCGCAGUCAUCGAAUCUAUGGCAUUUGAUUAUGCAAUUAAUUUGCAAUACACGUUACUCGUGAACGUUAAUCUGCAAUCCAUACACGAGAACACACUUACUGGUCUCUCUUCAUUGAAAGUCUUGUCCACCUCUGACAACAGGCUAUGUUGUCUUCUUGAUCAAAAGGAAAACGUAACUUGCGCAAGGACUACCCCCACAAGUCCUCUGGAAACCUGCGGUAGACUCUUUCCAAGCGUCAUUUUGCGAAUCGCUGGUUGGACCAUAGGACUCUGUUCUCUUGUCGGCAACGUUGUUGUCUUAAUAAUUCGAUUCCGUCAAGAAACAAAAUUAAGUGUUCAAACUCUCUUGAUCAUGAAUCUAGCCUUUGCUGAUUGCAUAAUGGGUAUCUACAUGAUCAUAAUCACCUCCGUUGAUUUCUAUUUCGGUAAGAUGUACUAUUUAAGCGCUCCCAUUUGGCGUGAGUCCUUUCUGUGUAAAUUAUCCAACUUCCUGGCUUUUCUAUCGAGUGAAUGUUCUGUUUUUACAUUGGCUCUAAUGACGUGUGAUAGACUUAUAUGCAUUAAAUUUCCAUUCAGCAAAUACAGACUUACUUUGAAAACCGCAGCUGCAAUGAUAGCAAUAUUAUGGUUCCUGGUAGGCGUCCUGAGCUUAAUCCCACUCGUGGUACCGGCCGAUCUCCCCGGAUUUUACGGACUAUCCGAUGUUUGUAUCGGGUUACCGCUACAUGCUGAAUCAGAGCAGACGGGAUCACUCCAUAUUGAAACCAGCAUACAAAAUCACGAAAAUCGAUUUUCAGCCGAAUACAUAGUAACCGACAGUACAUCUCGUCCAUCCUGGAUCUACUCCAUAAUAACAUUCAUAGGUGUCAACUUGAUUAUAUUUUUUAUUAUUCUGAUGUGCUAUGUCAUAAUGUUUAUGGAAGUGAGAAAAUCAACCCAGAGUGUCGGUAAUGCUACAAUCCGCAACCGAGAAAUCAAAGUAGCACGAAAAAUGGCGCUGAUUGUAGGAACCGAUUUCGCCUGUUGGAUGCCGGUUAUUAUCAUGGGUAUCCUCACACAAUCCGGUCUGGUUGUACUACCAACAUCCCUGUAUGCAUGGUGUGUAAUAUUCAUUAUCCCAAUAAACUCCUCCAUUAAUCCCAUAUUAUACACGUUUGCUAACUACAUGGAUGGUAAGAAUAAGCCAAAGAAAAACAUGCAGUCAAAGUCAAAUUCUGAAGGGCUUGUCGCUACAAAACGCACAGGCGCCACUGUUAGCAAUACUUCCCUGACACAGCUCAGUAAUGAUGGGCAUUACAUGAACGACAGCAAGAAUAUUACGACAGUAGCGGGAAGUGUAAUGUAGGCCUAAGUCCCUAUUGGGGGAAAUAAUUAUGUCACCAGUAACAAGAGAGGGUCUAGAUCGUUAAAACCAUUCUAAACAUCAUUUCACAUUUAGUAUUUCAUAAUUAUGGAAGAAAUAGUUCCACAAUACAUGGUUCGGAAUAAAGUGAGAGAAGUAUUGACCGCAAGAUAGGCAAAGGUCAAAAUUCAUGAAAAUCUCAGUUCUAAUAUGCCAAAUUCCUACAUAAAGGCAUAGGACCCUUCUUCCACUUAUAAUGAUGGAUACCAAUGCUUACCUGAUGCGUCUAAUAAAUUUCUCUAGAUUGAAACUAUGCAUUUGAAAAUAUUUAUAAAGUGUGUUUAAUACGUUAGGAAUAAGACAACCACGUUUCUUUGAUUAGCUGACUUUGAGCAAUAUAUCCGUAUGAAAAAUCCUGAAUAAAAUUUGAGUCAAAGGACAAGUUGCGUUAGGUUUGUUUGUUAAUGUUAGUAUUUAGAAUAUAUAAAAUUUAAAGACACAACCUAAUUUAUUUUGGCGAUGACAUAGCCAAAGUGUCAAUUUCGUUGAUAUCAGUCAGCCGAAAAUGAAACGGCGUUUUGGUUUUUUAUUAGACGUAGCGACGCUCUGAAGCAAAAGCUGUUUGUUCAUAGGUGUGAAUAAGUAGUAAAUAUAUGCUUGUAUAAUUAGCAUUCAUCAUUUAACUGGAAUUUCCGAUUGCUUAUCCUGCUUAUUUCAGUAUUGAUAUUUGAACCAUAUUUUCAUGUAUGAAUUCAUUAAUCUUAUAUGCCUUUUCUUGGUGAGGGGAUGGGGACUUUGGAAUACUUAUUGUGCAGUGAUGCAAAACAUUUAAGGACAACAAUCGAACCACAUUUGAUGAUUGUGAUGAAAAACGAUAAUAAUGAUGAUUUUAUUACUAUUUAUAAAUAAUGACAAUGAUAGUAAUAAAAUGUUAGUAAUAAUGAUAAUAAUUGAAUAAUAUUUUUAGUACAACUUGUGUUAACAAUAAAGAUAUCAUGAUGAUAAUAAUCAAAUUAAUCAUGAUGCUAAUUACUAAAGACCAACACAACUGUUUGUGUAAUAUCACCCUGAUAUUGAACAUUAUUUUGACUGAUGAAAAGUUGGCCAACUUUAUACACUGGAGUUUGAAGUAUGAAAUAUUCUCAUUAUACGAAACAUAGAUGAAGAAGACUGAAGUUUCCAGAAGUUUGAUAAAUAAAGAGAGUAAGUGAAACGCGAAGAAAUUGUAAGGAUAAUCUUUCUAUUUCAACGGAAUAAGUAUAUGUCUUGUGUAUGUCCUUCUCUUUAAUUAGACAACAUAGGGUGAAAUCAUGUUACAUUUUGUCUACUUUCAGACGGUAUUCGUGAAAACUGGAAUAAAGGCUAAUCG